AUGGCUGCUUCUCUCGUCCGCAACACUGCCCGCUCUGCCCUCCGCAACGGAGCUUCGGCUACCAGAGCUGCCGGCAGCUUGACCUUUGCCCGCGGCAAGGCUACUUUGCCUGACUUGGCUUACGACUACGGUGCUCUGGAGCCCUCCAUCUCCGGCAAGAUCAUGGAGCUCCACCACAAGAACCACCACCAGACCUACGUCAACAGCUACAACACUGCCAUCGAGCAGCUCCAGGAGGCUCAGCACAAGGGCGACAUCGCCGCUCAGAUCGCCCUGAAGCCCUUGAUCAACUUCCACGGUGGUGGUCACAUCAACCACACCCUCUUCUGGGAGAACCUGGCUCCCAAGAGCGCUGGUGGUGGUGAGCCCCCUGCUGGUGCUCUGUCCAAGGCCAUCGACGAGAGCUUCGGCAGCCUGGACGAGUUCAAGACCAAGAUGAACGGUGCUCUCGCCGGUAUCCAGGGUAGCGGCUGGGCCUGGCUCGUCAAGGACAAGCAGACCGGCAACAUCGGCAUCAAGACCUAUGCUGACAGAACCAGGACGCCGUCGUCGGUCAGUUCCAGCCCCUGCUGGGUAUUGAUGCUUGGGAGCACGCCUACUACCUCCAAUACCAGAACCGCAAGGCCGAGUACUUCUCGGCCAUCUGGGACGUCAUCAACUGGAAGGCCGUGGAGAAGCGCUUCUCGGCGUAAGUGUAAUGCAACCCGCUUUUGUCUCAUCUCCAAACUUCCGUCCCCUGCAUCUUCUGGCAACCUCCUUUCCUUGCCUCUUUCUUCUUUCUACUCCCUGUCAAUUACAUUGACAAUGUCAGCCGAGAGUCCCGGCGAGAAGAAAAGUGGCAUCCGGGCCUUCUUUGCCCACGCCCUCCGGCCCAAGAAAUCCCGUCAAGUCCUCCGCAAGGGCUAUAGCGCAUCAACGCCGGACCUACGAGGGGCAGCCGGCCUGCACCGACCCAGCACCACGAGCGAAGAUGUGCCGCCACUACCUUCCCUGGCGCCAUUGGAGGCCCAUCGGCUGAAAUACCGGGAACUCAACGCCAACAAAGACUCCCAGCUCGGUGAAAACCGCGACCAUACCGCCAUCCUCCACACGAUCGGCGACCAGGACUUCAACCGCCACGACCCCUAUGGCCUCGAAGGCGAAUAUGACAACCGGGCCCCCGGAGAGCCACACAUCGCCAGCCUACCCUCACAGCUCUGGGUACACCUCGCAACGAACUACCUCACGCCGGCCGACACGGCCAGCCUGGCCUUCUCCAGCAAAACGCUUCACCAACGCCUGGAACCGCUGGACCCGUUCCACGCCCUCUCCCUCCCCUCCAACCACACCCAGCGCAUCAACUUCCUGACCACCCAAGACCGCCACCUGCCCGACCACCUCCUCUGCAUCCCCUGCGCCCGCUUCCACCGCCGCACGCACCCAGGCCACGAGAAGCUCCAACCCGCCGACACCCUGAACCCUCUCUUCACGUGCCCGGAAGCGCGCAACCCGCUCAACCCGCCGCCGCGGCACCGCAUCACGCACAACCGCACCCUCCCCUACACCUUCGUGCAGCUCGCGAUGCGGGCGCACCGCUUCGGCUCGGAGUACGGGAUCCCGUUCGCGGCGCUGUCACGCCGCUGGCGCCGCACGGAGUGGUCGCACCAGACGCGGUUCCAGGUGCACAACAACCACCUCCUGAUGCGGGUGACGUCGACGCGGUUCGCGGACCCGGGCCUGCCGCCGUCGACGGUGCGGCUCCUCCUGUACUCGCGCGAGGACUACGUGCCCUACUUCUCCGUGUGCGCCCACUGGCGCGACGGCAACCUGAUGGCCGCCUGCAAGUGCGCCCUCUCGCACAUCCCCGUGCCGCGCGAGACCGCCGCCCUGCAGGGGCUCGAGCACCGCGCCAAGGACCUCCUGCACCGCCGCGUCCACAACCCCAACGCCCUCACCACCCUCUGCGGCAAGUGCCGCCCCAUGCGCCGCUGCCCCGAGUGCCCCUCCGAGUACCUCAUCGAGGUCAAGCUGACCGAGGACCGCUCCGAGGGCCCCGCCCACACCCUGCGCUUCCGGCAUGCCAUCGUCGUCACCCGCUGGUGUGAUCUGGGCGAUGGCUCGGCGCCCUCGCGCUCCCGCGAAAUCUACGACUCCUUCAAGGAGAUAGGCAAGCGGUCCAUCUCCGGGACCUUCGAGAGCAUGAUCACCGAUGAUACCCUUCCGGGCCAGCGGGUCAUCUCGAUGAACCCGUCCGGCAAGAAGUUGGGCGAGGAGGGGAAUUCCUGGUAUUGAAACCGUUUCCGUGCAGCCUCCCUCCUCUGUCCGGGGAUUCGUGGUGGUUGGCCGUCGGUUGGAUUAGGCAGAGUGUUUUUUGGGACUGGGCGUCUGCGUAUUAUCGGACUCCGGGAUAAUGGAGUUGGGUGGGAUUGUUUGGUUGGUUUGGAGUAUUUGCAUCAUGUUGUCAUUGCAAUUGAAGGUUGCAAUUUUUAUAGACUGUUCCUAAUCGGUGCGAAAAUCCGAUAGGCCCAGCCCUCAGAGAGUUUGGAUUUUCACUGUGCGUAUGUAGUGGAAGAGCCUAAUUUAAUUCAACUGCGAUCGGCCUCGCAGU